GACUGGAAUUGAGACACUGGCCCAGACAAAUUCUUGUUACUAGAGUUAAACUAAUAACUUUGCCUUGCCUGUGUUUUUGCCAAGUCACCCUGGAGCUCCUGUUAAGUUGUUAUCUUGACGAGUAUCUGAAAGAAGUUUUUGAAGUACUCACCUGCUGCCACGCCCUGCUCCACUUACCUGCCCUCCUGGAUCAUUACUCACCUCUCACCUCGUCACUUCUGGAAACCACUUACCUGCCACGGAUCCUGGUCCAGCUUCUGAGCACCAAGACUUACCUGAAGAACCUCCCCGAAGGAAAACAACUAAUUUCCAAAACAUUGACUGACCAACAAAAAGUCUUUGUUUGAAGAAGAAGACGUCCAGGACCAAAAUCUCUGACUGCCAUCUGAGAUUCUCAUGAAGAUCCUGUCAUACCUGGAUGCCUCGGCGCUCAUCUGCUUCAGCAUCACCAACAAGCGCUUCUGCCAGCUGGCCAAUGAUAAUGGUCUAUGGCACAAGUUUUACAUCGCUGAGCUUGAAAAGGAUAAAAAGUGGACACCUAAGACCACAGAUGGACCUCUGUCGAAGAUGCAGCUUCAGGAUCGCGCCGCUGGUUACAUGAAGCAGAUGUACUUUGAGAAGAGACUAACUCGUAACGUGAAAAGAUGGAAACGACUCCUCGGACACAUCAGCUGUCACACAGGUCUGCCAAGCAUAACGGAGCCAGUCCUCAGAAACUUGCGUGUCACCUGGGAACUGACAGUCACCGAUACGUCUGGACAUGAGUGUACUUUGGAGCUGAGCUGGUCCCAGUUCUGCAAGACUUCGCUGACACUGUGCUGGAGCGGAGGCGUCUCCCUGCCCCACUACGAGCACAUCUCCACCCUUCAACUCCACGGCGUCAGGAGAAUUGCCCUGAGCUGCCCCGGCCUGAAGAAUCCCGGCAAGAGGUCCCUCAUGGCAACGCUGGACAUGCAGACUCUAAGUGAAAGCACACAGGUCAUUGGCCAGGACAGACUGGUGCAGCUGAAGCUGUUACAGCCUGGAAUCCUCAUUGGUGUCUGGAAGGACCAGUGCUCCGUUGCCUUUAUCCUGUUCACCCUCCACUUCUACAGACUGGUAGAGAGAAGCAUUCAGGGGUCUUCUGAUUGUCCUUAUGUGGAGGAAAUUGUCAAAGCCCCUUUUGAUGACGUAGACCCUGAAUAUGGUCUCCAUGGUUACCAACUACACAUUGCUCUCAACAGCACUGAAAGCGAGCUCAUGUCCGAAAGAUUUCCUCAUCUCUUCUGUCGCAGAGAAAACAUUGUUGAUGGACUGAUCCAGCUGACUGCAGUUAGCAGAACGAUCUCAUCACAGCACAACACGCUGUCAGGUGACAUCAYCCUGCCCUGGAGGUGCGAGGCAUUGCAAGGCUCAGUGGAGAACUGCAGCAUCAUGAGUCUGACUCUGCUGGAYGAGUUCUCUCAGCCCCUGAAGUGUGUCAGUUCUCCUGUGUCCAUGGAGCUGGACUGGGCACCUGAUUCUUCUGGCUACUAUUACGACUUUGACGGUGACACCUACCGGAUCCACUAUCAGGACUCUGACAUCCAGGUGAAAAUGCAGCUCGUGAAGCUGAAAGAGAAGCGUCAGUUUAUCGUCAUCAGUUUAGACGUUUAUGUGAAUGUUUGUUUUGUCAACAAGCAUUUCGGAAGAAAUUACUGAUUCWAUGAGCAUCUUUGUGUUUCGCAAAUAAAAGUCUUUUUCUUUCAAA